AUGAGGUCGUCGGAGCAGUCGUCGCGGUUCGUGCAGGAGCUCGUGCUGUACGCCGCCAGCGCCGCGCUCAGCUGCCUCGUCCUCUUCGCGGGCCUCCGCCACCUCGACCCCAACCGCGCCGCCUCCCAGAAGGCGCAGCAGCAGAAGAAGGAGAUCGCCAAGCGCCUCGGCCGGACCCUCGUCUCCACCACGCCCUACGAGGACGUGAUUGCGUGCGACGUCAUCAACCCCGACAGCAUCGACGUCGAGUUCGACUCCAUCGGCGGCCUCGACCAGGUCAAGCAGGCGCUCUACGAGCUCGUCAUCCUGCCUCUGCGCCGCCCUGAGCUAUUCGCCUUCGGCAAGCUCCUCAGCCCACAGAAGGGCGUCCUCCUCUAUGGCCCGCCCGGGACAGGCAAGACCAUGCUCGCCAAGGCCAUCGCCAGGGAGUCCGGCGCCGUCUUCAUAAAUGUCAGGAUCUCCAAUCUCAUGAGCAAGUGGUUCGGGGACGCGCAGAAGCUCGUGGCUGCUGUAUUUAGUCUCGCUCACAAGCUCCAGCCCGCUAUUAUCUUCAUUGACGAGGUUGAUAGUUUCUUGGGGCAGCGACGGACAACCGACCAUGAAGCCAUGACUAAUAUGAAGACAGAGUUCAUGUCCCUCUGGGAUGGCUUCACCACCGAUCAGAAUGCUCGUGUAAUGGUCCUGGCUGCUACAAACAGGCCAUCUGAGCUAGAUGAGGCCAUCCUGAGGCGCUUUACUCAGAUAUUUGAAAUUGGAAUUCCUGCUCAGAGUGAAAGGAGCAAGAUACUUCAGGUUGUGUUGAAGGGAGAAAAUGUCGAGCCUAAUAUUGAUUAUGAUCACAUUGCAAGAUUGUGCGAGGGCUUUACUGGAUCAGACAUACUAGAACUGUGCAAGCAGGCAGCUUUCUACCCUAUUAGGGAGCUGUUGGACAGUGAGAAAAACAGGAGGAAAUUAGAUAAGCCUAGACCCUUGAGACAAUCAGACUUGGAGAGAGCCCUAUCAACGUCUAGAAAGGGCAAGAAGGCUGCAAGUUCAGGACUGCAGUCACCCUUGUGGGUUCGGCCGACAGAUUCAGAAGACGAUCAGGUACAGAACGCGAUCUUUGAGAUAUCUAAGCUGAUGUCUCGAAUAGUUCAGAGCAGUCAGUCAGAACCGCAAGAGCCUUCUUCACCUUAA